AAACAAAAUAAAAUGAACAUGCAAGACGAGAUCACAUGACAAUAACUACGAUACUUUUUUUAUAGUUUGCUUUGUUUUAGCACUCAUAAAAAGGGAAUAAAAUGUGGGUAUGCUUGAAUUGUCAUGAGUAUAACAGUUCGGAGAAUGAACAUUGUUCAGAAUGCCAUUCAGCACGACCACAGUCAAGAACAGGACACGCAAAAGAUGUCAUGGUACCUUUUCCUGUUCCCUCUGGAUCACCUUCAGGUCACGGACCAGCACCUUAUCCUCCAGUAGUGAUGCCACCAUACAACCCACCAUAUCUGCCCCAAGGUAACCAAGAUUCUAGAAGGCACAAGAGAGGAAGAGGAGGUAAUAACAGAGGAAGAGGUGGCAAAUACAGGCAAAAGGAUGAAGAUGAGUCACAUCUAACUGAUGACAGCUACCAAACUAAUCGUGGUUAUCAAGGACAUAGAGGAAGAGGUCGUGAACAAAAAAGAGAAAGAGGAGGACAUGAAUAUAAUGGAAAUAGAACUAAAGUAAACGAAAAUGAAGAUUUGGACAAUUAAGGAAAUCAUAGAGGAAUGGGAAAAGAUAGAGAUAAAUGUCCUGGAAGAGGUGGUAAACAGCAACAUGGGAGGAAAUAUGAACAGGACGAUGAAGACAUACCAGGUGUAGAUGAAAAUGAUGUUUUCAAAUUCCUGAUCAAAUCUUUUAGUGGGGGAUGUCCUUUCGAAGAAUUUUAAAGCAAUGUCAUCUUUUUCCUAAGGGGUCUAAUAUCUGUCAGUGGUUUAGAAAGCAUAGUCGGAAAUUUCGUGUCUUCUGGGACGGAAACGAUAUUGUUUAUCUUCAACCAUUUUGUCUAGAUGCCAGAAUCUGUGGCAAAUGGAAUUACAAGCAAAAUCCAGGUCAAUGUCAGAAUGAUCAAUGUAAUUCUUUCCACAUCUGUCGUCGCUUCAUAAGAGGCAACUGUAACGAAAGUAAUUGUCCACUGUCUCAUACUUUUACAAAUCCACACAAUCGGCAUUUAAAGGAUAAACUUGGAAUCAACGAUUUCAGUGAUACUGACAUCAAAAUUGUCCUUAAUUGUAAUUCUCCGUCAGUUUGUGCAGAUUAUAUAUACAACAAUGGUUGUAAGGUGGAAAAUGGAGAAAAAAGAUGCCCACAUUUACAUUUAUGUGAGAAGAACAUAUUUGGAAAUUGCAAAGACCCAUGCAAGUUCGAGAAAACUCACUCUAUCACUCAGGUUCAUAAUAAUUGGGUUCUAGGAUCAUGGCAUAUGAAUGAAUGGCCAGAGGCACACGUAUUGAGGUCUAUAUAUGUACCACCCAGACAGAAAAAAGUAAAUGAUGAUUAUUCCGAUGAUUCUAACAUCAGGCAAGAUGAAGAUUAUGAUGACGAUGCUAGUGUUCGUUAUAACAGUGAUGUAAAUGUCAGUAGUGAAAUUGUUCCAAGUACUGCAUCUGGUCCAGCCAAAAUAUUCAAUAAGUCGAUAACCUCUGUUGAAAAUCUUAGUAUAGAAGAUGUUAGGGAAAGAAGAAAGAUGAAACCUGGACGCAGAGACAGAUUCAAAUCAUCAAAAGAUAUCAUUUCUGGAAAUGUUGGAAAAGACGACCAAGGUCUUCCUUAAAUGUCUGAACCACAACAACAAUAUGUUGACAUUAAAGAAAAAGAGAGGUUAUUGAUGGAAAAGUACAAACAGGAGAAACAGGGAACCAGUUCUGGUAAUGUUGUAAAGCCAAAGCCUCCGCCAAAACCUUCAAAACUGAGUCCAUCUGAUCCAGAUUAUCAGGAAAAGGACCCUUCUAUGUUAAAGGAUGAAACAGAAAAUUCCAAAAUCUGCAUUUUUGUGUCUAAGGAAAAAUGUCAAGCUGCAUCAUGUAAAAACCUGCAUCUGCCUAGCGCUAUUCCCUACUUGUGGCAAAUAAAAAUGUUUGGCAAAUGGUUUUCUCUGACUUUGGCAGAAAAUGAGAAAAUUGAGAAAGGUUACUGCAAUCUACUUGAUAUUGAAUCAACUGAAGUGAAAUACAAUGGUAGUAAAUACAGUUAUCAUAUUUGGUUCUCAAAGAUGCAGGCCAUAAUUUAUGAUGUUGAUGGUCAACCAGCCGUUGAUGACAACCAGCAUGACCGGUGGUGUAAUGUCAGACGUCUGAGUACCCCAUCCUUUACUGAGAAGAAAAUGAUGGUUGAUAGUUAUCUCACACAGUGGAGAUGGUACUGGAAAGAUGACAGUAAAAAAUGGAAUCUGUACAAUAAGGAUGUUUUUCUGUUCACCCUUGAGAGGAAGUAUCAGACAAAACAGAAGACUUAUUUGUAUACCAGGGAGAACUACUUUUGUAUGUACAGGAUAGAUUUCCUGAAGAUGAUCCAGGUUAACCUCGAAACAGAUAGAAAACAAAAUAUUACCAGACGUCCACUGUUUGUUUCGAAAGAUGAUGUGAAUGAGAAAAAAUUUCCAGAUAGUAUACAGUUCCCAGCUGCUAUGAAAACAGCCAAGCCAGUGCAUUUCUACCACUGGGAUUGUGCACAUGAUUUUGAACUGGUAGAACUCGACAUCAAAGGGAAGGAGUUCAAUGAAGUAUUAAAGUCGCUACAAGAUUCCAUGAGCCAAACUCUAUUUGAGACUAAGUUUAUUUUUAGAAUUCAGAAUAGAAAACUAUGGAGUGAAUAUGACAUAAAGAAGAAGCUCAUUUUAGCUGAUGCAGAAAAAGACGGUCGUGGUCAAAGUAUUAACGAGAGAGAUUUAUUCCACGGCACAGAUUCGUUGGAUGCAUGCCGUGGUAUUUGUACUAAUAAUUUUGACUUUAGAACAAGUGGUCGCAUUGCUACUGUAUAUGGGGAAGGUUCCUACUUUGCUGUUCUUGCUAAAAUGAGCCAUAGUUAUACAAAAGCAGAUUUACCUACAGAUAUUCGAUUCAUGUUUAGAGCCAAAGUUUUGGUUGGGCAGUUUACAACAGGAAAUCCUUCCCUCCGUCGACCUCCAGAAAUCCCUGGAAAGGUACAUAAGUUGUAUGAUUCCUGUGUGGAUAAAGAUCAAGAUCCUCAAAUCUUUGUUGUGUUUGACAGAAAUCAGUGUUAUCCUGAAUACCUAAUUAUGUACAGAGAAGCAAUGCCUCCAGUGGAUCAAACCAUUACUGCUCCGAAACCUUCCACAAUACAAAGUUUCCCUAAGUCGUCUGAUGGAAGUGCAGGAAAAUCCUCAGUAGCUUUGAAAGCACGUUUAAAUGAAGAUACAUGUGUUGUUCAGUAAACAAAAUUGCUGCUAAAAUUUCCGUUGGAAGUAAACUUUUCAUAAUUUUGACGAAGGAUUUUGUUUCCAGGUUUUAUAUAUAAAUAUGCUAUCAAUAUCCUAACUUAGAUACAUAUAUGACGUCAGAGAAAAACAUAAAAAAUGUGAACUGAUUUUCAAAUAGCAUGUGGAAUCGUCUUAAAUCAUUAAUGAAAUCCUAUGUAUUUUGUCUGGUAAAACAUGAUUUGAUAUUUGACAGGAGUAAAUGAGUUUACUCUUUGUUAAAGUUGAUUACUAACAACUAAAUUUCCUGUUAAUAUGGUUACAGAUUAUAAUUGUUUGUUAAAGUUUACUAUGACAGACAAAAUAUUCUGUUUCAGACAAUAGUUGGUCAUUCAAAUUUUAGUGUGUCAUAAUAGUAUUGAAUUGAAUUUGACUCAUAUUAAAUUUCAGAGUUCUUGAAAAUUGUCAGUUUAGAUCAUUUGACAGAUAAAAAUUUGAAAUAUAUAGCAUUUGUUGUUUCAGUGUGUUUUUGACUGGCAUAUAUCAAACAUUGACAGUCCAAAUGUCCAAUAAGGCCAAAUUUUUUUCAAGAAAUAAUUUUAGAUUAAAAAAAAACAAUAUUCCAUUGCUUUGGGUUUUCAAUUGCAUUUACGGAUAUCGUGUUGUGAAUUGAUAUGCAAAAUCUCUUUUGUUUUCCACUAUUGAUAAGCAUGAUAUAGUAAAAGUUCAUUUCAAUCUCAUAAUAUGUAUUGCCUAAAUUUUGUUUGUCUAAAUGGGAUUGUUAACAUCCUUUUCCAUUGUUAUUUUUGGAGAUUAUAGUUGACUCAAUAGCAAUCGUACCACAUCUUUUGAUUUAUCAAUUAUUAAUAGUAUGAUGGACUUCAAUUAUGACAAGGGUUAUACUACCAAUUUGAAUGUGACAGGUAAAGUACUAUAUUUUUACAUGGGUCAUGGUCAUUUAAGGUUGUAUGUCUAUUUGCUGUAUGCAAAAUUACCUUUAAAAUAUAUGGUGGUUGCUGUGGAUUAAGUGUGGUUUUUUCCUACUUGUCCAAAUUCAUUUCAAUAGAAGCGUUUUCCACCGACAUUUUCCCAAAAGAUGCAAGUGUUUCAUAGUGCUGAAUUUAAUUUUCUUUCGAAUCUAAAUUUUGGAAAUUCAUUCAACAAAUUUUAGACAGGCUCCAAUUAUGAUUUCUACCUUUAUAUGUUAAAAAUAAAAGAUCGUACAAUAACGUUUUGCAGGUUCCAAGUUGUGAGUGACUUUCAUAGCCCUAUUUGAUAACCUACAGCACAAUAAAAACACAAAUUUUGUGUCUCUUGAAUGUUUAUACAAGUUUAUCGAUGAGACUUUACAAAAAGCAAAUUAUCAGGUUUAAAAGAUUAAAUGCGCUGUGGUUGAGAAUUUUUAGUAUUUAACAUACUUAUAUUAUUAUCAUGACUACCAUGAAAUAAUUCAUUUGAGUUUUUGGUAAAAAAAAAUAAUGCAUUGAUUUUAUGUUGUUGUUAAUAUUGAGAAGUAAUAAAGUAUGUCAUUAAAGUAAAAAAGUGGAAAUUAUAUAAAGAGAGUUUCAAAAUUAUGUUUCUUAUAGUUAGAUUUUUACAUUUUGUUGUAAGUUAGAUUGUAUUCAAAACUUUAUGAAAACUCUUUGUUUGUACAUUUAUAUGGUGUAUUUAUUUUAUAAAGCAUCUGCCCACAUUGCCUAGGCUAAAACAAACAAUAGUAUUAAGAUGGUGAGUCUAAUACCUAUAAAACAAACAAUAGUAUUAAGGUGUUGAGUCUAAUACCUAUAAUACCUAACAAUAUAUGGUUAUAAUCUAAGAUGAAGCCAAUGUUCCUUGCAAAAAAUGUAUUAGAAGUAGAUACGAAUAUUCAUGACAUACAAAAGUAGAUUCAAGAGCAAAAGUGCAGAAAUAACUGCAUCUAGUUAUACAUCCGUUGUUAGGUUGCUGCCCCUGAAUUGGUAGUUUUAAGGAAAUUUUGCAGUUUUUGGUUAUUAUCGUGAAUAUUAUUAUAGAUAGAGAUAAACUGUAAACAGCAAUAAUGUUCAGCAAAGUACGAUCUACAAAUAAAUCAUUAUGAUCAUAAUUGUCAAUUGACUCCUUAAGGAGUUUAUAGUCAAUUUUUCGUAAAAUCUUCUCAACUUAAUCUACUGGGCCAAAUAGAAUUAAACGUAGCCACAAUUGUUAAUAGGGUAUCUUGAUUGUAAAAUGUAUCCGAUGACCCUGUCAUCCAACAUACAUGGCCGCCAUGGCUUAACAUAGUGAAUAGGGAUUUUUUAUAGAAGUUUACGGGAAAAUUGUAAAAAAAAUAAUUUCAAAUGGUACCAACUUGAAAACUAAUUCAAAUAAUGAUAAGGGGGUUUCAGUAACUAUUGUAAGACUAAAAUAGGAUGACCUGCUUUUGAUUUAACUACUGGGCCAAAUAUGUUUAACCAAACUUGGCCUCGAUCAUUAUCAGGAUACUGAAUACUAUUUAUUAUGAUUGUAACCUUAUUUUACAUGAUUUCAAAAAACAGUAUAUACAGGUGAGCGACACAGGCUCUUGAGAGCCUCUAGUUUCUUUUUUCACAGUUGGGCAUUUUCUCUGUAAUAUGAUUUAUGUCCAUUGCUUACAAACCAAUCCGGGUAUUAAUAUAUAUGUGGGUAUCAAUAUGAAUUGCUUACCAAUGUUAUGUCAACAUUCUAUUUAGUUUGUAAAUAUAAAAAUGUUAAAAAUUAUUUACAAUGCGAUAAAAUUAAACACAAUAUUUUGCUAGACAAACUAGCUUCAUCGGGCGUGCAACUUUCAAAGUGAAAUCGGAUGCAGAUAAAAAAAAAUGCAGCUCAUUGUAUAUGUAUAAAUAUAUAUAUAUAAUUCAUCAAUCUAAACUUUUUAUGAAUAACAACCUUGAUGUAAUCAUUUUGGUGCUUGAUCUAUAUUUCAUUCAUGAGAAACUUCAAAUAUUUAUUUAAAAAAGGUUUAUAUCUUUGAAGCCUAUUGUGAUUUUGAAUUAAAAAAAAAAACCUUUAUUAACUUUUUAAUUCAAGGGUCAGAUCAAAUGUUUAUCCGUGCAAAUUAAUUACUUUUCCUGUAAUCAAUCAUAUUAUAAUACAAAUGAAAUGAAUGUGCACAGCUUGCUUCUUUUGUUUGUUUUUGAAGUUGAUUCUGUUAUAUUUCAUAUCAUAUAACUAUGUAUCAAUAUUGUAUAUGUAACAAUGUAUCCGUUUUGGUUUCAAAAAGUUAUAUGCUUGCGCGAAAUUGAUUAAUGUUAAUAGGACAUUUUUAUUUGAUCACAUAAUAUAUUUUUUUUUUUUUUUUUUUUUUAAUAAAUAAAUUAAAAUCAUUGUCUGUUCAAAUUUAACUGAAUGACAAAAAUGAUGUAAAAUGAUUUGAAUGAUUAAUUGAUUGCUGCACGGAUGCUUAACAUAAAAAAACAUACAUGUUCCUUAAAUUGAUUGAUUAAUGUUUAAUUUAUGUGCAGCAGUAUAUUUACAUGGAUGUCCAAGACAAGAACAUAUACAUAUGGUAAGACUUCGGCUUUUAAGCAUUAACUGACAUUCAUUCUGUCAGGUUUUUCGAAAUCUAGUUUACAAUACAACAAAGAUCAUGAAGCCUAUUCAAAUAAAUUAUUUCUUCAUGUGUAAUGCUAUUAAAUGACGAAUGCUUAGUGGACAGUUUUAUAACAUUUUGAUGGACAAGACCAGGCACCAAAACCACAAAUGCCAAGCUUCAUCUAGACCAUCAAGAUGCUUUUUUACAUAACGGAUGCCACUAGAAGAGCAGGAUUUGCUAAUCCCUUCUAGAGCUCAUAAGAACACCCCAGUUUUUGUUGAGGUUCAUUCUGCUCAGUCUUUAUAUCUUUUAUGUAGUUUUUGUAGAAUUAUUUGUCUAAAAAAUAAUGCAUUGAUUUUAUGUUGUUGUUAAUAUUGAGAAGUAAUAAAGUAUGUCAUUAAAGUAAAAAAGUGGAAAUUAUAUAACGAGAGUUUCAAAAUUAUGUUUCUUAUAGUUAGAUUUUUACAUUUUGUUGUAAGUUAGAUUGUAUUCAAAACUUUAUGAAAACUCUUUGUUUGUACAUUUAUAUGGUGUAUUUAUUUUAUAAAGUAUCUGCCCACAUUGCCUAGGCUAAAACAAACAAUAGUAUUAAGAUGUUGAGUCUAAUACCUAUAAAACAAACAAUAGUAUUAAGAUGUUGAGUCUAAUACCUAUAAUACCUAACAAUAUAUGGUUAUAAUCUAAGAUGAAGCCAAUGUUCCUUGCAAAAAAUGUAUAAGAAGUAGAUACGAAUAUUCAUGAAAUACAAAAGUAGAUUCAAGAGCAAAAGUGCAGAAAUAACUGCAUCUAGUUAUACAUCCGUUGUUAGGUUGCUGCCCCUGAAUUGGUAGUUUUAAGGAAAGUGUGCAGUUUUUGGUUAUUAUCGUGAAUAUUAUUAUAGAUAGAGAUAAACUGUAAACAGCAAUAAUGUUCAGCAAAGUACGAUCUACAAAUAAAUCAUUAUAACCAAAAUUGUCAAUUGACUCCUUAAGGAGUUUAUAGUCAAUUUUUCGUAAAAUCUUCUCAACUUAAUCUACUGGGCCAAAUAGAAUUAAACGUAGCCACAAUUGUUAAUAGGGUAUCUUGAUUGUAAAAUGUAUCCGAUGACCCUGUCAUCCAACAUACAUGGCCGCCAUGGCUAAACAUAGUACAUAGGGAUUUACUAUAGAAGUUUACGGGAAAUAAUUUCAAAUGGUACCAACUUGAAAACUAAUUCAAAUAAUGAUAAGGGAUUUUCAGUAACUAUUAUAAGACUAAAAUAUGAUGACCUGCUUUUGAUUUAACUACUGGGCCAAAUAUAUUUAACCAAACUUGGCCUCGAUCAUUAUCAGGAUACUGAAUACUAUUUAUUAUGAUUGUAACCUUAUUUUACAUGAUUUCAAAAAACAGUAUAUACAGGUGAGCGACACAGGCUCUUGAGAGCCUCUAGUUUCUUUUUUCACAGUUGGGCAUUUUCUCUGUAAUAUGAUUUAUGUCCAUUACUUACAAACCAAUCGGGGUAUAAAUAUAUAUGUGUGUAUCAAUAUGAAUUGCCUACCAAUGUUAUGUCAACAUUCUAUUUAGAAUGUAAGUAUAAAAAUGUUGAAAAUUAUUUACAAUGCGAUAAAAUUAAACACAAUAUUUCGCUAGACAAACUAGCUUCAUCGGGCGUGCAACUUUCAAAGUGAAAUCGGAUGCAGAUAAAAAAAAAUGCAGCUCAUUGUAUAUGUAUAAAUAUAUAUAUAUAAUUCAUCAAUCUAAACUUUUUAUGAAUAACAACAUUGAUGUAAUCAUUAUGGUGCUUGAUCUAUAUUUCAUUCAUGAGAAACUUCAAAUAUAUAUUUAAAAAAGGUUUAUAUCUUUGAAGCCUAUUGUGAUUUUGAAUUUAAAAAAAAACUUUAUUAACUUUUUAAUUCAAGGGCCAGAUCAAAUGUUUAUCAGUGCAAAUUGAUUACUUUUCCUGUAAUCAAUCAUAUUAUAAUACAAAUGAAAUGAAUGUGCACAGCUUGCUUCUUUUGUUUGUUUUUGAAGUUGAUUCUGUUAUAUUUCAUAUUAUAUAACUAUGUAUCAAUAUUGUAUAUGUAACAAUGAUGUGCGUUUUGUUUUCAAAAAGUUAUAUGCUUGCGCGAAAUUGAUUAAUGUUAAUAGGACAUUUUUAUUUGAUCACAUAACAUAUUUUUUUUUUUUUUUUUUUUUUAAUAAAUAAAUUAAUAUCAUUGUC